AUGAGAACAUCACCCGGCGGCGAGAUCGGGAAACGUCUUCUGCCCUGCAUCAUUGACGAGGUCGCCCAGUCCGAACCGAGUCGUGCGUGGGCCUCUUUACCCGUGGACGACUAUGAUCUCUCGCAAGGAUUCGAGGACAUCACAUAUGCUGCAUUUGCAAAUGGCAUCAACAAGUUAGCGCACUGCAUUGUAAGUGCUUUUGGUCGGUCCACGAGUUUUGAGACUAUCGCCUACCUCGGGACUCCUGACAUUAGGUAUUACAUGCUGCUUUAUGCUGUGUGUAAGACCGGCCACAAAGUUCUUUUCAGUUCGCAUAUGAACACAUUGGACAUCCAUUUGUCGUUGUUCGACCAAACGCAAUGCCGCGGCGUGUUGCUGUCCCGCGGCGUGUAUGCCGGCGACAUACUGACCCAGCGACCCAUGCCGAAGGCUGAAAUCCCGGAGCUCGAUGACCUUUUGAACAUGGAUGAUCUGGCCGAGCCGUUUCCGUAUGCAAAGACCUUCGAAGAGGCGGCAAGUGAUCCGUUUGCCGUAUGCCACACAUCGGGCACUACAGGCGACCCGCGGCCUGUGACAUUCACGCACGCGAGCAUGGCGUGUAUGGACUACCAGACAGAACUGCCGGAUGUCGACGGACGCGGCCACUGGACUUGGCAGUCCUCCGCCGGCACCAGAUACCUCAUGGUAGCUUCGCCCUUCCAUCCGAUUGCUGUGGCUUUGGCCAUGACCGUUUGUGGGUUUGGAGGGGGAAUUUUGGUGCCAGGUUUUCGCCAUCGCCCUGCGAGUGGAACGAACGAGAUUUGCGAUAUUAUAAGGUCAUCAGGCGCCACGACGGGAUUUAUUCCGUUCUUUCUGGCAGAUGUGAUAGCGCGACGCCCUGAUGGAGAGUCUUUGAUCAAGCAAUUCACUUCCAUGGCCUAUGGAAACGGAUCCGUCUCGCGGUAUGCCGGAGAUCUCUGGGCGAAGUACGUCAAAUUCCAAUGCAUAUGGGGCACUUCGGAGACUUUGACACCGCCAGUUCUCUUAGCAGAUCCAGAGGAUUACGAGUAUGUGUAUUUUGACGUGGACGCUGCUGGCAUCAGCUUCCAGGAGCGAGAUCUCGAGUACUUCGACGACUAUGGAUCUCGCCUGCCCCUAUACGAACUUGUCAUGACGUUGAGACCAGAAUCACAAAGGUGUGCUGGCUAUUGGGCCGGCUUAGGGAUCACAGCUGCACCGUCGGCUCCGCCGUAUCCCGAAUACCCUACAGCAGAGGUAUGGACACCACAUCCGGACCCACAGAAAGAACGAUACGCAUGGCGGUUCGUGAGCCGUCUCCAUGAUCUGGGAACAGGCAAGAACGAGUUUGCCCUAGCCGUGGAGAAUUUGUUGGGUAACCACGAGAAGGUGCAAAAUGCCAUUGUCUUAAGCAAGUACAACAGAGAGCCGGUGGCACUUGUGGAGCUCUCCAAAGGUAUAGACGUGCAGGCGGCGACGGAUCUGUGGAAACAGACGAUAGAGCGAGAAAACGAAAAUAUGCCGGAAGAGGCGAGGGUUCCAGAAUCUAACGUCAUUCUGACUCCUUUUGGGGGCUUCACUCGAGGUUCUGAGGGUCAUCUGCUCCGGAAACAUACCGAAAAGAAGUAUAGCAGUGAAAUUGACGCUGUGUAUGGCUUAUGUCAGAAGAAAGCGUCGGUGUCUGAAAGACCACGGUAUGAGUCCAUCAUCGAAACGACUGAGAUUGUCCAGGUGGUAGAAAACGGAGAUCCACAGACUUUACCAAUCAGAUGA